AUGGCUAGCUCCUUGCGAUCCUCAGCGCCUUCGAGGCUUGCCCUUCGUGCGCUUACACGACACGAUGCUGCGCACAAUCGAUCCAUCUCGACCAACGUCAAGGUAGCAGCAGCGUCGUCCUCUACGUCGUCCACUUCUGCGUCGUCUUCGCCCACACCGCGCGUGCACACUCGCGGUUAUGCAUCGCCUUCUUCACCCGCCUCCAUGGCAACACCGAUCGACGUGGCCCAGCCCGACAUUCGAGCCGGCAUCGGAAGCAAGCAAGGAUCUGGAAAAGGUCUCCUCGACGAUAUCAUUUCGGCUGCUCCUAAGCACUCGACGGCCACCCGACCUAUCUAUCUUGAUGCCCAGUCCACUACUCCAGUCGACCCUCGUGUCGUCGACAAGAUGAUGCCUUACAUGACCAAUCAGUGGGGCAAUCCGCAUAGCAAGACGCACUCAUACGGCUGGGAGUCUGAGAAGGGCGUCGAAGAAGGUCGAGAAAACGUUGCAAGCCUUAUUGGUGCCGAUCCUAAGGAAAUCAUCUUCACCUCGGGCGCCACCGAGUCCAACAACAUGGCCAUCAAAGGCGUUGCCCACUUCUACAAGUCCAAGAAGAAUCACAUCAUCACCACGCAGACCGAGCACAAGUGUGUCCUCGAUUCGUGCCGCCGUCUGCAGGAGGAAGGUUUCGAGGUCACCUACCUUCCAGUCCAGCCCAACGGUCUCAUCGAUCUAAAGCAAUUUGAAGACGCACUUCGACCUACCACCUCAAUCGUUUCGAUCAUGACGGUCAACAACGAGAUUGGCGUUAUCCAGCCCAUCAAGGAGAUCGGACACAUUCUCAAGACGAAAGGCGUCGAGCUUGCCAAGCAGAGUGGCCGUGGUGCCUCUAAGCCCUUUUUUCACACAGACGCUGCCCAGGCUGUUGGCAAGAUUGCGCUGGAUGUCAACGAGCUUGGUGUGGAUCUCAUGAGUUUGUCAAGCCACAAGCUCUACGGUCCCAUGGGCAUCGGCGCCUGCUACGUCCGACGUCGCCCGCGUGUCCGUCUCGAGCCGAUCAUCAACGGCGGCGGCCAAGAGCGUGGUUUGCGUUCGGGCACCCUUGCUCCUCAACUCAUUGCUGGUUUUGGUGAAGCCGCUCGCCUCGCCAAGCAGGAGCUGGCUUACGACCACGCGCACAUCAAGAAGCUCUCGGAGCGCCUGCGCAACAAGCUCGAGGCCAACAUCACCCACGUGCUCUUCAACGGUGACCAGAACGGCUACCCAGGCUGCCUCAACUUGACCUUCCAGUACGUCGAAGGCGAGUCGCUGCUCAUGGCCCUCAAGGACAUCUGCCUCUCGUCUGGCUCGGCUUGCACUUCAGCAUCGCUCGAGCCCUCGUACGUGCUUCGCGCACUCGGCCUCGACGACGAGAACGCCCACUCGUCGCUGCGAUUCGGCAUCGGCAGGUUCACGACCGAGGAGGAGGUCGACUACGUUGCUGACAAGAUCAUCAAGGUGGUCAACAAGCUCCGCGACAUGAGCCCGCUUUGGGAGAUGGUGCAGGAGGGCAUUGACCUCAAGACCAUCGAGUGGUCGGGUUGA